AUGUCUCAACAAACUUUGGUUGAAUCGAUUGAAGAGGAGAUCAAGCAAGAUAAUGAUGUCUUGGAAUACUAUAUCUUUCAAGAUGGUAGAUCGAUCAUUGUAAAGAGUGGGAAUAUUGUCAAACAAAGUGUCGAUGCUAUUGUUAAUCCUGCAAACUCUCAUCUUGCACAUGGUGGCGGUGCAGCUGGUGCUAUAUCAAUGGCCGCUGGUAGAAAGUAUGAUGAAGACGGAUUUGCCUAUCUGAAAAAGAAUGGUGGAGAGAUUAAACCAGGCAAUGCAAUGAUCAUGUCAAACUAUAACAUUCGUAAUAUUAAAGCAAUCGUAAAUGCAGUCGGUCCCAUCGUACACCGUAAAUUGGAUCAAGAACAUAUAGAUGCACUUACAGGUGCAGUUCAGAGUAGUUUGAAUCUUGUCAACAAUUAUCAUGAUAAACAAGGUGAUAGCCUUCAAUCAAUCGCAAUACCUGCAAUCAGUGCAGGUAUAUUUGGCUAUCCCAAAGAUGAAUGUGCCAAAACAAUCAUUGCUACAUGUACAAACUAUUUCAUUACCAAUCCACAAACCAACCUCAAACGUAUCAUCCUCAUUGAUAUGAAUUUAGAAAUGUUGGAUUAUUUUCAAGAACAUUUAAUUUCUUUUAAAAAUCAUCAACAACAAUAA